AAAAUGAGAGAGGGGGGGAUUGCUGCCAGGUCACCGCUGGGUCACCCGACUGCUUUGAACAUCCAGCAUCAUCGGCGCAUAUGGAAAUUUGCCCAAGCGCUUCUUCCUGUUUCCGGUCGGCGCAUGCACGGAUAUGAAAUCGAAACAACCCGGAGGAACUUCAAAAGUGAACGAAGCGCUUAUUUGAUUGCGUUCGUGGUGCUUGCGACGAAGCUCUACAAAGGACUACUAGAUGGCUGCACUGUAUGUUAUGAUUGAAUUCGUCGUCUGCUAUUUUCCAUUCCGAAGUCGUCGACUGCUUUUCUCGUCAAGUAACACAUUCCGAUGGACGCAGGAUCGGUCUGAUUAUCAAUAGUCUCAAGCUACUUAUUUUGUGACAUCAUCUCCUUCUGGACUGACGAGUGACGACUUCCAGAGAAACUUCCAGAGAAACGAAUUCAACAGACGUGGAGAGAUGAGUGAGAAACUUUUGAUACUGGACGGAGGACUCGGCACGCUGCUCUAUCGCAGAGGAGCUUUCGUCAAAGGCGAUCCAUUAUGGUCAGUUCGCUGUUUGGUGUCCAAAGAACUGGAAGGCCGUCGCCAGCUGCUUCAAGCGCACCUGGACUAUUUGGCGGCUGGAGCUGACAUCAUCAAAACCAACAGUUACCAAAUGAGCACGGAGAAUCUCCGGAAGUGUCUGCCAGGCCUAUCCCAAGAAGAGGCUUUGGAAAUGAUGAAGGAUUCGGUUCGUAUCGCUAGAAAUGCUUGCGAAGAAUUUUGGCAAUCCAUUGGAGAGGAAAAAUCUGGACGGAGAAAACCGGGGGUGGCCGGCUCUAUCGGUCCCUAUGGAGCAUGUAAAGCUGACAUGUCGGAAUACACUGGGGCUUACGUUGAUUCCAUGACAGAAGAGGAUUUGAUCCAGUGGCAUCGACCACGUCUUGUGGCUUUGCUUGAAGCCGGAGUGGAUUAUCUGGCCAUUGAAACAUUCCCGGCAUUGUUAGAGGCCAAAGCUAUUUUGAAACUUCUAAAACAGGAGGCCCCCGAUAUUCCAGCUUGGAUUUCCUUCUCUUGCAAGGAUGAACAACACUUGUGCCACGGAGAGACGUUGGAUAGUGUUUUAAAACAUGUUUGGGUGAACAAAACUCCUGGUUUGAAAGCCAUCGGGAUCAAUUGCACUCCUGAAAGACUAAUUGGACCGCUUUUACGUUCUCUUGAUGGAGUGGAUCAUGUACCUGUUAUUCUUUAUCCUAAUCGAGAGGAGUCUUUUGAAGAUGAAGGUCCUCCAGUCGCUGCUUAUCCCAGUCGUCAAGACGAGAAAUGCAAUAAUAAUCUUUCCAAGUUAGCCAAAGAGUGGUUAUCUAUUCAUCCAAAUGUAUUUGCUUUGGGAGGUUGUUGUUUCUAUCAUCCACCAGACAUCACUAUUUUAAGCUGUGAUUUUGGCAAUUGAUUGUUUUGACAAUUUUUUUCAGACGAGUUAUAAUUAUUAAUUACUUUAAUAAAUUGAAUUUUGGGCUA